GUCAGACGUUUCUGGUGCCUUUUCUGCUUUUGCUAAGGAUUCGUUCAGCUUUCGUCGGUUUCGAGGAACGUUUUUGAACAUAAUUUUCUCAAAAUUUGCAUGAUUUUAGCAACACAAGCGAUUUUCAAGAGCUUAUUUCCUUCGUUAAUCUAUUUACAAUAACUUCAGACAAACUUCAGUAAACAUGCCCUCUGAUGCGAAAAAACGUGAACAACAGCGCAAAAAAGAUGCUGCCAAGGCGAGACAGGCUGGAAAAAAGGUGCAGAAAAGUGAGGAAAAUGAGAAGCCUACGGCCGUCAAUGGUACCAAUGGAACCCAAAAUGGUACGACCAAUGGGACUCUUGAGCUUAGCGCUGAAGAGGCCCUGUGCGCUAAACUCGAAGCCGACGCAAGACUAAACGCUGAAGCGAGGGCAUGUACUGGUUCUCUUGCCGUCCAUCCUAAAUCCAGGGACGUCAAGAUCGAAAACUUCUCGAUCACUUUCCACGGUUCAGAGAUGCUUCAAGACGCCAUGUUAGAGUUGAACUGUGGUCGACGGUACGGUUUGAUUGGACUGAACGGUUGCGGAAAGUCCACCCUUUUGGCCGUGCUCGGGAAUAGGGAAGUUCCGAUUCCGGAACACAUUGACAUCUUCCAUCUAACGCGAGAAAUGCCCGCUUCCGAUAAAAGUGCUUUAAAAUGUGUCAUGGAGGUGGACGAGGAACGAACGCGGCUCGAAAAAAUGGCUGAGAAACUGGUGGCCUGCGAGGAUGACGAGUCUCAAGAACAAUUAAUGGACAUCUACGAUCGCCUCGAUGAAAUAUCGGCGGAUACGGCCGAGGCGAGGGCGGCGAACAUCCUUCACGGUCUAGGGUUCACCAAAGAGAUGCAACAGAAGAAAACGCGCGACUUUAGCGGUGGUUGGAGGAUGCGGAUCGCGUUGGCCAGAGCUCUCUAUGUAAAACCGCACCUGUUACUAUUGGACGAACCCACCAACCAUCUGGACUUGGACGCCUGUGUAUGGUUGGAGGAAGAAUUGAAAAACUAUAAGAGAAUCUUAGUAUUAAUUUCGCACUCGCAAGAUUUCUUAAAUGGGGUUUGCACCAAUAUCAUUCACAUGGAUAAGAAACGGCUUAAGUAUUACACCGGUAACUAUGACGCUUUCGUACGCACCCGUAUGGAACUAUUGGAGAACCAAAUGAAGCAAUAUAAUUGGGAACAGGAUCAGAUCAGUCACAUGAAGAAUUACAUCGCGAGGUUCGGUCACGGUUCGGCGAAACUCGCCAGACAGGCUCAAUCUAAAGAGAAAACUCUCGCUAAAAUGGUCGCUCAAGGUUUAACGGAGAAAGUGGUGAGCGACAAACUGGUCACGUUCUAUUUUCCUAGUUGCGGGACAAUACCUCCGCCCGUUAUUAUGGUGCAAAACGUGAGCUUUCGGUACAAUGACCAGACCCCGUACAUCUAUAAAAACCUGGAAUUCGGUAUCGAUUUGGAUACGCGUUUGGCUUUAGUAGGGCCUAACGGAGCCGGUAAAAGUACGCUGCUCAAGUUACUUUACGGAGAUCUCGUCCCAACUGAGGGUAUGAUUAGGAAAAAUUCCCAUCUGAGAAUCGCGAGGUAUCACCAACACUUGCACGAACUGUUGGACCUAGAUCUGUCCCCUUUAGAAUAUAUGAUGAAGAGUUUCCCCGAUGUGAAGGAGAAAGAGGAGAUGAGGAAAAUUAUUGGCCGGUACGGUUUAACGGGCAGACAACAGGUUUGUCCUAUUAGGCAACUUUCGGACGGUCAAAGAUGCAGAGUAGUGUUCGCCUGGUUAGCUUGGCAAGCUCCCCAUUUACUUCUGUUGGACGAACCCACGAAUCACUUGGACAUGGAAACGAUCGACGCCUUGGCAGAAGCAGUUAACGACUUCGAAGGAGGUUUGGUUCUCGUCAGUCACGAUUUCCGACUGAUCAGUCAGGUCGCAGAGGAAAUUUGGGUGUGCGAAAAAGGCACGGUAACCAAAUGGAACGGAGGCAUUUUAUCGUACAAGGAGCACUUGAAAACUAAAGUAUUAAAAAAUAACGAAAAGAACGCCAAACAACCGAGAUAAUUUAGCAAAAUAUAGGUGGAUUAUUAUACAAAUUUUUUCUAGACUCAUUUUAAGUGAUCACCCACCACUGAACUUUAUUUUAUUGUUUCUUAUUUUCUUGAUUGUGCUUUAUUUGAUUAAUAAAUGGUGUUCCUUAUUUUAA